AUGUCAGAUCUUGAAAGUUCUGAUCCAGAAGAUAUGGUCGCUUCCGAUGAUGAAGAAGUAGCACCAGCAACAUCUUUCGACAUAGAAAUGCAGUUGCUGUCUGAAAAAUAUACAAAGCCAAAAUUCGUGAGAGAUUUUCCGUCAGGAGAAAAAUUAACAUACGCAUAUCUUGCUGAGACUGGUUUCGAAUGGCCAAUGAUGUUUAGAAAACCAGAUGGACUUGGGAUGACAUUACCUCCCAAAAAUUUUACCGUACGUGAUGUUGAACGACUCAUCGGUGGAAAACGCGUCGUUGAUCUAAUUGACUGUCGUAAUCAACAGGGUCUGCAGAUGACCUUUUCGCGGUUUGUACGGUAUUUUGAGAGGAGGACGAAAAGAAGAAUUUUGAAUUUAUUAUCUCUCGAAUUCGGCGACACCGCCUUGUCAGAUUAUGUGAGCAGACCUUCGAUCGUUAACGCCAUCGAUCAUGUAACACUUUGUUGGCCCGUUAGCAAACGACCAGUUCCAGACGGCGAAUUAGAUCUUGCUUGGCCAAAAGUCCAAAAAUACUGUCUUGUUUCUCCCGCCAAUUCUUACACGGACUUCCACGUAGACUUCGGGGGGACAAGCGUUUGGUACCACGUUCACCGCGGUGAGAAGAUUUUCUGGUUCAUCCCUCCGACGAAGAAGAAUCUUGAGCUUUUCGAAAAGUGGACGUUGAGCGGCGCUCAAGACCAAGUAUUUUUUGGCGACAAGGUUGAUGAAUGUCAAAGAAUACGAGUCCAAGCUGGCGAAACACUUUUUAUUCCAUCUGGUUGGAUUCAUGCGGUUUUUACACCUGUGGAUUGCAUCAAUUUCGGCGGAAAUUUUCUCCACGGAUUGUCAAUGAAGAUGCAAGUGCGCGUCGUUGAAAUGGAAGAAAAACUAAAAGUUCCCAAUCGAGAGAAGUUUCCACACUUUUGGCCUCUCAUGUGGUAUGUUAUGCACGCAUACAGUCAAGUCGUAACCAGUUCUCAUAAAUUAGCACCACUAGAAAUCAAGGGUUUGAAAAAACUCUAUAAACGGCUAUCGAUUAUGUCAACGUCAACCAAGUAUUGCCCGGCUAGCAUUGAUUCGCACAAAAUUUUGGCUUGCAUCAAGAAAAUUCUUUCCGAACACAUAGCGGAUGUCCUUCCAAAGAAUAUUUUGAUGCCUACGAUCAUCCACUACACUCACGAAGAGCCGCCAGCGAAGGUUCUGAAAAUCGAGAUUCCGAAACCGAAAGUCCUACCAAGCGUAAUGGUCAUUCUCCCGUCAGAAGCACAAAAACUCAAGCCAACGCAUCUAAAAAUUAACGGAGAGAAGAAGGCCUCGACUGCAAAUAAAAUCUGCCACAAUUUCCCCGAAGAAAUCUGGGGAAAAGUUUUCUCGACACUUUGUACAAGAGAUCGUGCUAAAGUCGCCCAAACUUAUCUAAGUCAUCUUGACUCUUUGACCCCAUCGAGCCUAAAAUGGUUAAUGCGUAGAGCUCCAGAAUCUGUCUCCUUGCCAACUUCCUGUACGUAUCGCCAGACAGCUUUUCUUCUGUCCAGAAGCCCGAUGUUGCGCAAGCUGAUCCUCCGCGGCGCAUCCUGGAGCGCGAUUUCAGCAAUCAACACGGGCCAGGCACCACCUCUACGAUGCCUUGAUUUGUCCUGGAGCGUUGUUACAGAUGCGGCGAUCGAAGAAAUGACGAGUUGCCCGACAGGGAAUAUCAGAAUGGGCACGCCUUCUCCCUCCCAUUCUCGACUGAUGAAAUUGCAGGAGCUCAUACUAGACGGGGCUGAUAUAUCCGAUGAUGCAAUGUUUCAUCUUUCAAAACUUCCCGAUCUUCGCUCGCUGUCACUUAUGGCUUGUGUGCGUCUGACAGCUGAUGGUCUGAGCAAAUUGGUGUCUGAGGCGUCGCAAAUUCCCUUGGAUGAAUGUCUGAAUCUUUCAAACUGCAGUGGCUUACAAGCGGAUGUUCUGCCAGUUCUACGCGAAUUCCUCGCAAAAGGAACAAAAUCAAUAGAAAUUUCGGAAACUCGAAAUCUUCCAGCCGCAGAAUACGACGAAUUCCGCCAUAAAAUGGAUGCUUCUGCGCGGGAAAAGUGGGAUCAACAUGUCACUUAUCAACCCGAAGUUGCGCGAAGAUAG